GUCAUCGUCAGGUGGUCUGAGUGUGACGUCAUCGUGGCAAUCUGCUCCAGCAACAUGACAGUCGAUAAGUUGCCUGUGUCAGGCCAACUAUAAUGUUUCUUGUCGCGAACAGAGAUUUGUUCGUGUGCAGAAGACUAUCGUUAAGUAAGUCAACUGUCCGUUGAAGAUACGUUUUGGACAUCACAUGUGAAUCUGAAUCACGUUUCCGAUAUGAAGACAUACGCCCAGCUCAGCGCCAAAUCACAGCUGGAGGAGAGGAGGGCCUUUAUUUUUCGUCAUGAUUGAUAUGGGUUCAAAAAAACAAAAGUCUAGCAGUGAUUGCACCAACUGCAUGAUGCGAUGUCUGAGACUGACCAACCCUCACAUUUUUGCUGCUCUUCUGACCGCCGCAUAUGUCUCAAGCCUGAUCGUGUGGCUGCUGCAUCACUCUUACUUGAGUCUUGUUAUCAAAAGACUACCAGAUGCUAUUGUGGCAACAACAACAAUAUCGACCAUUUCGGUUCCAAAACCAGAGACGUUUCCAGACCCGAUUUGCGUGCGGGCAAUAAACGAGUCGGUCAGAAAAUUGCCAGAAGAGGCGGGCAAGCAGACUGUCUUGAAAAUAAUUGUUCUGACCUACCGCCGACCAGAAUCUCUCGAGCGUUGCCUAAAAUCCCUGAACGAUGGCGUCUACAACGACACCAAAGUCCGGCUGGACAUUUUCAUCGACCGUGACGUCAACGGUCUGGUGGACCCGGAGACGCUGCUUGUCGCGCAUCGCUUUGUCUUCGAUCAUGGACCCACCCAGGUACACGUGCACCCGCAUCACGUGGGCCUGUACGGACAGUGGCUGCGCACGUGGUGUCUGCCUGUGGACUUGACCUCGGAGAUAGCUGUCUUCCUGGAGGAUGACGUCACCGUGUCGCCGUUCUUCGCGCGCUGGCUACGACUCGUCCACGCCAAGUACGACUCCUACCUGGCCAUCAACGGGUACGCACUGCAGAGCGAGUCUGUGAAGCAUGCGGAGGAAGUGAACGGAUCCAAAAUGUUGCAAGGGCCACCUGGCGAGGCCGUCUUUCUCUAUCCGGUCCUUGGAUCUUGGGGCUUCUCUCCGAAAGGAGAGGCCUGGGCGGAUUUUAUAAGAUGGUAUGCCAAAGCCAGUAAAGAUAACGACUUUGUACCAUUCGUGCCCGGUCUGAAGUCGUCACGAGGCUACCUGAAACAGCGAAAGAUGGGCAAGGCCAGCUCCAUGUGGACCAUGUGGCACAUCUACCACUCCUACCAGAACGGGCUCCUCACCCUGUACGCCAGUUUCCCCGGGCAGCAAGGCUUGUCCCACAACUGGAAAGAGCCAGGGUUGCAUUACAACGGAAUCUCCAGCACCCUCAAACCGCCAAACCUGCUGACUGUGUGGCCUGACAACCUUCACCUCCCCAACGACCCCAUCGUGCUGAACGCCAAGGGGGAGGUCAUGGGCAGACUGAACUUGUCGCACUCUGUCACCAAAAGAACUCCGUAUAGGAGCCAGCGCUGAACUCAAACGUCUGUUAACAUCUCUCUUCUAGCGUCAUCCGAACGAGAAAGUGAAGAAAAUGUGUUCACGUGAUCAAACAUUUAGUGAGUGGUGGACAGUUGGCAGUGUUUAACCCUCAGUGUCAUUACUUCAGUAUGACAAUGUGACUGUUUUAACGUGAAAGAAUGAAGAUUUUUUUUAACCCCGCCGCUCUCUGUUGAAAAAUAUCUUUAUACGCACAAAAAAAUUUUGCGCGACUGCAAGAGAAGUUCAAGAAUGAUUUUCAUCAAUAACGACGUGAAUUGUUUCUACACCUAGUGCUGCGUGCGGGUUACACAUCUGACUUUUGCUUGAAGGUGGCAUUGAACCAGGAACGCAGUGGACGCAGUAUCACUAACAUCGCCAACAACAGACAAAACAACUCACGAAGAAAGGGAAUCCUGAAACGAAAAACAUUAUUCCAAAGCUGCAGAAUAGAAAGGUGAUAACAAUACAAGGGGGACUACUCUG